CAGUAUUUCUUCUCCCUCCCUUCUUUAUCUCUCUCGUCACUACUCGCUCUGAUUUCCCCACCAAAAACGCAAAAUCAAUAGCUUUGGUUCGAUUGAGGAGCGCAAACCUUAGAACUCUCAUUCUCUGUCAUAUUCGCUUGGUUACCUAACCACUUCGUCAUCUUUCAUUUCUCAAUCUCCCUUCGACACGCAAGUACAGAUUUACUUUGGUAAGGUACAAUGGGGGACAGUGAAACUGUGGUUGCCCAAACGUCAACUGUUAUGGAAUACUCAUCGUCAGACUAUACUACAACUGAGUACUCUGCUGUGAGUGCAAACAUUACUUCAGAUGGUGUUGCUUUCACCACUGGGGAUGCUGUGGAUCCGACUACUUCAACCAUUCCAACAGAUGCCACGUAUCCCUUGUCGGAUGGUCCUAGUUUAGCCGACGGAAAUGCAUAUGAUACACAUCCGAGUUAUGAUACACAAGAACCUCCUGUUACCUCAAAUGAGUCAAAGCCAGCUGUUGGGGUGGCGAAUACUUCUGAGAAUCUUAUCAGCCAGGAGCAUGUAGUACCGGAUUCAGCUCAAGUUGCUGGUUAUGAUUCUUCUGUAAAUGGAAAUGGUGUUAGUGAAAUGAAAAAUUUUACUCAUACAGGAAGUGGUGAAAAUGGGUCUGCUUCGAAUGAUGCUGGUGGAGCUGCUGAGCAACCGUUUGAAGAGGUUUCUGCACUUUCUGCUGAAGAAGAACGAUUGUGGAGCAUAGUGAAAGCUAAUUCUUUGGACUUCAAUGCAUGGACUGCCCUCAUUGAAGAGACAGAGAAAGUUGCAGAGGAUAACAUAUUAAAAAUACGGAAGGUGUAUGAUACCUUUUUGGCAGAAUUUCCAUUGUGCUAUGGUUACUGGAAAAAGUAUGCAGAUCAUGAAGCUCGUUUGGGUUCUAUUGACAAAGUUUUGGAGGUAUAUGAGAGGGCAGUAGUAGCUGUGACCUAUUCCGUGGAUAUUUGGUUGCAUUAUUGCAUGUUUGCUAUAUCCACAUACGAAGAUCCCGAUACUGUUCGAAGGUUAUUUGAACGUGGAUUAGCUUAUGUUGGGACCGAUUACCUUUCCUAUCCUCUUUGGGACAAAUAUAUAGAAUAUGAAUACUCACAGCAGCAGUGGUGUCACCUGGCCAUGAUCUACACAAGGAUAUUUGAGAAUCCUAAUCAACAACUUGAUCGCUAUUUCAACAGUUUCAAGGAGUUGGCUGCAAGUCGGCCUUUGUCUGAAUUACAGAGUGCUGAGGAAGCUGCUGCCGCGGUAGCUGCAAACUUGGAGGCUGGUGCCCAAGGAGUCGAGGGAGAGGUUCCUUCCAACGGUGUGGAACAAUCUACAAAACUAGGCUUAUCAGAAGCGGAAGAGUUGGAGAAGUAUAUCUCUGCUAGAGAAGACAUGUACAAGAAAGCUAAAGAGUUCGAUUCUAAGAUCAUUGGUUUUGAAACAGCUAUUAGGAGGCCCUAUUUUCAUGUACGGCCCCUCGUUGAUUCAGAACUAGAAAACUGGUAUAGCUAUCUGGAUUUUAUUGAAAGAGAAGGUGACUUCAACAAGGUUGUCAAGCUAUAUGAGAGGUGUCUAAUUGCUUGUGCCAAUUAUCCCGAGUACUGGAUACGUUAUGUUUUAUGCAUGGAAGCAAGUGGAAGUAUGGAUCUCGCAAAUAAUGCACUUGCUCGUGCUACGCAAGUCUUUGUCAAGAGACAACCGGAGAUUCACCUUUUUGCUGCUAGAUUUAAGGAGCAAACUGGGGAUGUUGCAGGAGCACGUGCGGCAUAUCAACUUGUGCAUUCUGGAAUUUCACCUGGUUUACUUGAAGCUGUUAUUAAGCAUGCAAACAUGGAAAAUCGACUGGGCAACUUGGAAGAUGCAUUCUCACUAUAUGAACAGGCAAUAGCCACUGAAAAGGGGAAAGAGCAGUCUCAAACGUUGCCAAUGUUAUUUGUUCAGUAUGCACGGUUUUUAUGCUUGGUUGCUGCAAAUGCUGAAAAAGCUAGGGAGGUUCUAGUUGAAGCCACUGAUAACGUGCAACUAUCAAAGCCACUUUUAGAGGCCUUGAUCCAUCUGGAGGCUAUUCAGUCAACCCCUAAGAGAAUUGAUUAUAUAGACUCAUUGGUUGAAAAGUUCAUACUUCUCACUCCUGAUAAUCCCAAUCCUGCAAGUAUUACUGACAGAGAAGAACUAUCUGGCAUUCUUUUAGAGUUUUUGAAUCUCUUUGGAGAUGCAGAGUCUGUCAAGAAGGCUGAAGAUCGGCAUGCCAAGCUCUUUUUACACCACAGGAACACGUCAGAGUUGAGGAAACGGCAUGCUGAAGACUUUCUAGCUUCAGACAAGGCAAAGCUGGCUAAAUCUUAUGCAGGUGUUCCCUCAACAACCCAAUCGGUUAUGGGUGCAUAUCCAACUGCACAGAACCAGUGGACUGCUGGAUAUGGGCUGCAACCUCAAGCUUGGUCACAGGGUUCACAAGCUUCACAGGCAGGACAACAGUGGAACCCUAGCUAUGCUCAACAGGCUGGAUAUGGUGGGUAUGCUGGUUAUGGCAGCGGCUAUACUCAUCCACAGGUGGCCACUUCAACUGCACAAACAGCUGCUUAUGGCACUUAUCCUCCAACAUACCCUGUCCAGCAGGCUCUUCCACAGCAAAACUACGCCCAACCAGCCACAGCAGCAACCUUUGCUCCACCAACUCAGCAACAGGCACCACCAGUACAGCAGGCGUACUAUGGGACUUAUUAUUGAGCGAUAAAAAAUAAUUCCUCCCCAAUUUUGCCACCUGUAAAUUAGGUUCUUUUUGCAUCUAUUGGAUAGAAAUUGGGUUAUGUGCCCUGGGGGUUUUUGAACUUGGGUGCCGGUUCUGGUAGUCAGCAGAGGUAUGUAUGUACAAGGCAAUGUGUUGGAACUGUGACUAACCCAGUAGGUGCAUUCCAAUGGAAUUGGAUUUUAA